GCCAGCCUGGGUGUUAUGUCAUUAAAACGAGGCGGCGACCCAUGAUGGCGGCCAGUUCGUUGUGUCAACGGCAAGUGGUCGGAGGAACCAUGGGCGUGGACCGGCGACAGUCGACGAAAAUGCCAGCGACCAACCAGACGUCGCCCGUGACGCCUCGGACGUCGCUCUGGAAGGACGCAAUACGGCGCCCGUGGAAGCGCGAGCCGGCCACGCCGGGCCACCGCGAGGAGCUCUGCGCAGCGAUCGGGCGCUGCCACCCGCGCACGCUCCUCGAGAGCGUCGUCCUCCAGGGCGGCGUGCACCACACGCAGAUCGUGUUCGCAGUGUGCAAUGGCCGGCCGCUGAAGCGGUCGUGCCUCGACGUGGCGCUCACGUGGUACCGCGCGCAGCGCGGCGGCGAGUUCCACGCCGUGCCGUUCGCCAAUGACGACUGGUACCAGCCGACCGCCGAGGACAUUGGUGCGACGCUGCUAUUGCACAUGCGCGCCGCGAGCAGCGACGGUGACGUUGUCGUCAACUGCGCCGAGUUUGGCCCGAUCGUUGAAGAUCCGACGAUCCGGUCGCAUGUCGAAAACAUCAUCGAGGCCCGCACCGCCUUCUUCACGAAUCUACACAUUGCGCCGAGCAACCACCACGAAAUCUCCAAAGACGACACGUGGUCGCUGCUCAUUGACGACAAGCGCGUGCGCAUUAGCUGCGAGUCGUCGCUCAUUCCGCCCUUUGAAGCGCUCUACUCGUCGACCUUGCAGAUUGCGAUGGCGCCGCAACACCCCAACGGCUUUCUCCUUGCCAUGGGCCACGACACGCGCGUACCCACGCCGCUCCACCUCAAAGUCGACUCGAACCGCACGCGUGAUAUCAUCUACCUCGUCUUCAUGGCGUUCAAGGCCCAAGCGCUGCGUUGUCGCGCGCACUCGGACGCGGUCUCGACGGGGCAGUCGCCGCUCCUGGCGCUUCGCACCGUCGUGUCGCCGACAAAAGAGGUGUAUGCGCUGCCCUGGCACCAAAAACCUCUCAGUGUGCGGCCGCGCAAGCCGACACUGCUCACGCCGUCAGGCAGCAGUGACGACGACGAGUCGACGCGAGAUGACGACGAUGAUAUGUACGAAAACCUCGAUGCGGACGACGACAUGGACGAAGAAGACUACCUCUGCUCGGCGCUGCUGCAGGACGUUGACGCGUUGCUGCUCGGGCACUCGGGUCUCCAGACCGUCGUUGAGCCGCUGCCGCCCCUCGACGACGACGUCGCGCGCCUCAAAGCGAGAAUCGAGGAACUCGAGACGCAGUUGGCCCAGGGGGUAGUGCUGCAGGACCACGCCACGAGCCAAUAAUUGUCUAUAAAUCGUAAUAAAAUUCUAGUCGCUACGCAUAA